GAUAAAAAUAUCUUUAUUAUUUUAUCCAUCGUUGAUCUGUCUGUGCAAUGUCCAGGAUACUUCCUUUAGUCAUCUGUUGAAUCAUCCAAUUGAAUCUUCCGGAAUUUUAAGAUGAGGUCGCUUCAAGCACCGAUCGUUUGCCCUAGUGUUCGUCCCAGACAAUUGGGUGUGUCUGCUUCACUUGUCAACUGCUCUGUUUCGAGACCUCGGCUUCUCAGAAACCAGUUUUGGGGUAAUCCGACCAGAAACGUCAAGUCCCAGGUUGCUUCAGUCACUCUGAUGGUGCGGAGGUGUAAGGGUAUACAGUGUCUUUUCAGCUCGCGUUCUGAUGGUAACGGAAGCACAGCAGAGAAUUUCAACGAGAACGAUGAAGAUUAUGUCAAGUCUAGUGUACUUGAAGCUGUUGAGGUAAGAAGUGGACCAGAUGGGUUCAUGGUGAAGAUGAGAGACGGUAGGCAACUUCGAUGUGUCCACAAUAAUCCUCAGGGUGGGAAUCUUCCUAGCUAUGCUCCACACUCUGCUAUUGUGCUGAAGAUGGAAGAUGGAACUGGUCUUCUUCUUCCUAUUAUCGUCUUGGAGAUGCCAAGUGUGUUACUUAUGGCAGCAAUGACGAAUGUCAAAAUAGCAAGGCCAACUAUGUAUGAAGUGGUGAUGGAGAUGGUAGAUAAAAUGGGUUACGAGGUUAGGCUUGUUAGAGUUACCACAAGAGUUCACGAGGCGUAUUACGCGCAGUUAUUCCUUUCAAAGGUGGGUGAUAAGUUGGAUUGUGUCAGCUUCGAUCUUCGUCCUUCAGAUGCUAUUAAUAUAGCUGUCAGAUGCAAGGUACCUGUCCAAGUGAACAAGUUUCUAGCUUAUAGUGAUGGAAUGAGAGUCAUCGAGUCUGGAAAGCUAUCAAAGGAAACACCUGCUUCUGAUGGUUUAUUAUAUACUGAACUAGACCGGCCAAGUGGUCAGCCUUGUCUCGAUACAAAAGAGUUUGAUCUUUUGAACAACAUGAUGCAAGCUGUUAAUGAAGAACGGUAUGAUGAAGCAGCUGAGUGGAGAGACAAGCUUGGCCAGUUUCAAGCAAAACGCAAACUAAGGAAAUACACAUGAUCGACCCACAGGAUAUGAGCAGUUCGGAGACAAAAACAUUUAUAUAAAUAUUAAUUAUGUAAAUAAUAAAGAAGCCAUUGCUAGAAGCUGUGAUCAAAGUGAUGGAAAUGGACGCUCCCAAAUUGCAAAAGAAAUAAUCUCUUUCGUUCGUGUGAUGGAGGAUACUUGAUCUCUAUCUACACUUGUGCACGUUAGUAAGUUCCCGAAGAUAAAGACAAAAUAUAAAAUCUUGUAUGUAGUGUUAUCGUGUGAAACCAAUCAGCGGUGUGUACAUAAUCAUGCAUUGAUCAUCCCUCGUAUCGUAAAGUAAGCCUACUCUGAUUAGAUUAAUAUUUUUAAUGAGUGUCUUACUUGAUCA